UUAUUUUGAGAGCGUGACCAGAUUAACAACUUUAUUGAUGCAUUGGUUAUCAAAAGUGUGUUGGUCUGACAGGAACCAUAAACAUGGACUCUUGUAAAGGAAUUUACGUGUUAUCAAGCAAUAUUAAAUAGUUAUGGAAACGUUAUAAGGGAAUUUAAUGACGAUUAGUCAUGUUGGAAUCUAUUCAGAAUCCGGCAAUGCACAAAUAUAGAGUGCUUGGCAAGAAAGGUGAAGGAACUUUCUCUGAGGUUCUCAAAUGCCAGCAUGUUCAGGAUGGCACCUACUAUGCAUGUAAAAAAAUGAAGCAAACAUACGACAGUCUCGAACAAGUCAACAAUCUGAGAGAAGUACAAGCAAUGCGAAGGCUGAGCUCUCAUGAGAACAUCCUGCAGCUACAAGAAGUUAUAUUUGAUAAAAAGUCAGGAACAUUAGCUUUAAUAUGUGAACUAAUGGAUAUGAAUAUAUAUGAACUUAUACGAGGAAAGAGGCACUAUCUCCCAGAACAUAAAAUAAAAAAUUAUAUGUAUCAAUUAUGCAAAUCAUUGGAUCACAUGCAUAGGACUGGAAUUUUUCAUCGAGAUGUUAAACCUGAAAAUAUUCUUAUACGUGGUGAUCAACUAAAAUUAGCAGACUUUGGAUCGUGUCGAAGUGUGUAUUCCAAACAGCCAUACACAGAAUACAUUUCAACACGCUGGUAUCGAGCGCCAGAAUGCUUAUUAACGGAUGGUUACUAUAGUUACAAGAUGGACUUAUGGAGCGUGGGGUGUGUCUUUUUUGAGGUUCUUAGUCUUCAUCCUUUGUUUCCUGGUGCAAAUGAAGUCGAUCAGAUUGCCAAAAUUCAUGACAUCAUAGGAACACCUGAUUCAAGCAUACUCAAUAAGCUGAGAAACAAGACUCGUGGGUUGAACUUCAACUUUCCUCAAAAGAAGGGGACCGGAAUUGAAAAACUGUUACAACAUGCAUCAGCAGAAAGUAUUGAACUAAUCUACCAGUGUUGUACAUACGAUCCAGAAGAGAGGAUAUCAGCAAAACAAGCACUUAGGCAUUCUUAUUUCAAAGACUUCAAAGAGGCUGAGAAAAAGAAACAGCAGUUAGAGAAGCUAGAACAAGAAAAAGAUGAAAAGAACGAGAGAAAGUCGGUUCACGCAACUACAGGUCCUGCCACAACCACUACCCACAUAUCUGUUGUUGACCCGAUCCAGCAAAGUUUACAGCGAAGAAGGCGCCGGAGGGGACGCAACUACCCAGAUACCAGUACAAAUUUCCACGGUAACCUACUACCAAAGAUGAACCCGGUCCAGUCAACCGUCAACCAUAGGUACCAGCAUUCUGGAUUUAAUCCUAGUGCAUUACCAAAGAUACACGCACCAAGUAUGCUACCGAGUAUAGCAAACUCCCAUUAUAACUACCAUCAUCAGCAUCCAAAAAAGACAACACAAUACAAACCACCGACAAAGAAUGUUUAUGGACAUUAUCAACUACCUUCAAUCACCAAAAGCAAAGGAGCUGGGUUUUAAGAGAUCGAGUUCAUACAAAGGAUUAAAAAUACGCCCACAGUUUGAACGAGCUUCGAACAAUGUCAACAAACCCAUCAUCUAUGCAUAUCAGGGAGCAGUGGAGUGGUGACGCUGUUAAAUAGACAGCGCCCUCCUAAGUUCUUCUGUGCCAUUGGUAAUAUUCAAAAUAACUGUGCAAGUAUAUGUAUCAAAUUAUAUGCAGAAUAUAUAUUCAUACAUGUAUUAUCAUAUACUUUGAUAUUAUUUUAUUAUAGUGAUAUAAUUAUUAUAUAAAAACUGGCGACUGAUGAAGGUACAUUUGUAAUACUGUAUAUUUUGCCUGUACGUGCAUCUAUACAUAUGAUAUAUAUUAUU